AAAUAUUAAAGUCGUUGUUACGUCUAACAAUUCACUAGUCUAAACAAGAAUACCUGCGUUUCAAAAUACUGUACGUCCGCAGCUUGAAUUUUUAAGGACAGGAAAAGCUGGAGCACAGUUGUCAGAAUGUUUUCAAAAUUGAACCAUCUAAGAGAUGUGACUGGGUACACAACACAACAGCUUGCUGGUAUACUCGCUGUGCUCUUUAUUAUACUGGCAACAACAGCUGAUGAAUUCUUUUGUAAGUCUAUUGAUUUAGUUGCUAAAGUACUUCAUCUGUCAGAACAUAUAGCUGCAGUAACUAUUCUGGCUUUUGGCAAUGGUUCAGCAGACAUCUUUACCUCUUUGGCUGGAGCACUAAGUGGACAUUCAGAACUGGUCUUCGCUGAACUUCUAGGCUCUGGAAUCCUUAUAACAACAGUUGUAGUGGGCAUUAUUUGUAUAAUGAAUCCAAUAUAUUUGUUUGGUCGCCCUUUCCUUCGAGACAGCAUAUUUUACAUCAUAGCGAUCACAUGGAUAAUUUGUGCCUUUAGUAAAAAAUUUGCUACAACAUGGGAAACUUCAGGUUUUCUUAUUCUGUAUGUACUGUAUUUCCUUGUUGUGCUGACUGACAGAGCCGUACGGAAAAGUCUCAUUGAUAGAGUGUCAGCAAUGACUCCUGAAGAAAGGAGGCUAAUUGAAGCAUUUCAGAACAGUAGUGACAAUUUAAACAGGGAGGAAGAGGAAUCUCAGAAUGAUACUCGUGCAGUUUAG